GGCCCGUGCAGUGGAUCAGUCUUUCCGGGGUUCAAGCAGCAAGUCAAGUGAGCCAGUGGAGAGUCGAGGACCACCGAUGUUAAGUUGGUAGUAUAUAAGUGUAACGUUUGCAUUAACAGUGGGCGCACUGCCUUCCAAGGAAGCAACAUCCAGUGCGGCACAGCACCGAGGAGGAUUUCAGUGAAUUACUACGGCAGCUAACAGUCCACAGCUAAAUAGUUAGCCACGGCCGCAGACAGGUAUGUCUGACAUUAGUCUUGAGGCUGAAUCGGCAAGGACCUCAGCCGAGGACCCUCAGAUGGAUUGUGAGGAGUCUGACAAAACAGAGGAGAGUUUGAGUGAGGAUGUAAAACAGGAGAGUGUAGACAACAGUAGGGAAAGAGGUUGCACAGACGAGGUCCUGUAUGAUGUUGAUAUUGACAGUGCUGAAGAAAAUACAGAAAACGAUGACAAGGAUGUUCAGGAGGAGGAUGAGGUCAUUCAGAGUGAGAGUGGGGCGACGUGCAGUGAUGGUGAUGCUGAACACGUGUCUGGCAGUGUAGACAAAGGGGGACGCGAGAGAAAUCAUCAUGUUGAAACAGCUGAACCAUCAGAGGAAAGCGGAGAUUCCCACACUGAAACAAAGGAAAGCACAAUGGCUGAGGAGUCCCAUAGAAGCUCAGCUGCUGAGAUUCCAGUCACCAGCAAUGGAGACCUGGAUCAGAGCCCUGAGACAGUAUUCCAGAGGGACUCUUACCCGAGUGGACCUGGUGCUCUAAACCUCUCAGAGUCCUGUGUCACUUCCAGCAACUUUGCUUCAACAACAGAGGGCAUCAUUGAAUCAGGGCCGUACAAAGGGUCAGCAAGCCUGCCCACAUCUCCCGUGACACCUGUAGCUCCCAGCUCGGCUGUUGCUAGCCGCCUGGCGCGCUCUUCCAGCGAUAGUCAGGCUGAGAAAGGCGCAAUGAACGCACAGCCAAAGAGUGGAGCGGUGGUCCUUUCAGAUGACUUAAAGAACCCUGCCAUGGAAAAACUGGACCUAGUGAGAAAGUGGAGCAUCAACACAUAUAAAUGUACUAGGCAGAUCCUGUCAGAGAAGCUGGGCCGGGGAUCAAGGACCGUGGACCUGGAGCUGGAAGCUCAAAUUGAAGUUCUGCGUGACAACAAGAGAAAGUACCAGAAUGUGAUAAAGCUGGCCCAAACGCUGGCCAGUCAGCUGUCCCAGAUCAUGCAGACGCAGAGGCAGUUGGGUGACGCCUUCGCCGACCUCAGCCUCAAGUCGCCAGAACUCCAUGAGGAGUUUGGUUACAAUGCUGAUACCCAAAAGCUUUUGUCCAAAAAUGGAGAGACACUGCUGGGAGCCAUCAACUUCUUCAUCUCCAGUGUGAACACACUUGUUGAUAAAACAAUCGAAGACACCAUGAUUAAUAUCAAACAGUACGAAAUAGCCAGGGUUGAGUAUGAUGCAUACCGCACAGAUUUGGAGGAGCUGAAUCUGGGGCCACGUGACGCCACCACCAUGCCCAAGAUCGAGCAGUCCCAGCAGCAGUUCCAGAUCCACCGUGAGAAGUACGAGAGGAUGCGAAAUGACGUUUCUAUCAAGCUGAAGUUCCUGGAAGAGAACAAGGUGAAGGUAUUGCAUAACCAGCUCAUCCUGUUCCACAAUGCCAUAGCUGCAUACUACGCUGGAAAUCAACAGCAGCUGGAACAGACACUCAAGCAGUUCCACAUCAAGUUGAAAAUGCCAGGUGGGGACAGUCCAUCUUGGCUUGAAGAGCACUAAUCACUCCUUUCAAACCCAUAGUGGCACAGUUUGGGGUUUUGACAGGAAAUGUCAAAUGCUACAAAAAACAAACUACAGGAAACUCCUCUCACUUCAACUCUACAGUCACUGCCUUUCAAAAUCUCUGAAUUGUAAAUCUUUUAACUAAAUACUCAAAAGGAAAAAAAACCCACAAUCCGUUUUACUCUUGAUCUUAAAUAAUUCUUUUCAUCUUUGCAGUCAUUUCACAUAAUAGGAAAUGCACUUUUAUACUGUUUGACAGAAAUGUUUAACAGGAGUUGCUGCAGUAAACACAUUUGGAAACUGUAAAUGGCCUUUUGUAUUCCAGCAAAUGAAUGUUGUACGGCAGACAUGCUGGCUCUGUAAGAGCAGCUAUGGGAUCAAAACGGCUGCCGUUUUAUUCAUGUUAUUUACAUUACUCUUCUCAACUGAGGAUGAAUGCUUUAUCAAAGUCUUAUAUAUGCUGAAAAAAAGAUUUUUUUUCAGCAUAUAUUCUUUAAAGAUUUGACUUGACGCCUGUUGCAAUAAAUGGGGAAAAAAUAAAUUCAGAUUUCUGGAUCAUGCAAAUGUAAAAUUGAUAACUUUUACCAGCAACCUCUGACUAAAGUGGUUGUUCGACAUUUUGGGAAAUGUGCCUAUUUGCUUUCUUGCGGAGAGUCAAAUGAGAAGCUCAACACUACUUUCAUAUCUGUCAUUUCAAUAUAAAACUAUAGCUAGCAGCUAGUUAGCUUAGCUCAUAAGGACUGGAAACAGGGGGCUACAGCUUGCCUGGCUCUGUCCAAAGUUAAAAACUUUUCCCUACCAACACCUCUAAACCUCACUAACACAAAAACCAAAGUGUAAAAUAAAAAAAUUAAAAUUUGUGGUUUUAUGGGGGGUGUGCACCUCAGGGCAGAGCCAGGCUACCUGGAGGAGUGUGGUAUGGAUUUUCUCAUAAAACUCUAAGCAAGAAAAUAAAUGAGUAUUUCCCAAAAUGUCAAACUGUUCCUUUGCAAAAGAGUUAAAAGUCAUAGUGAUGGCUGUUCACAACAAAUGCCACGUGUUGUUGUCACAAUGCUACUUUUUAAUCAAUAUUACACUCUGUUUUUUUAGCAUUUCCCUAUUUUGUCUGAAUUCAUGGCAUACGACUGAAUGGGUGUGUUGAGUUUCUUAAUUUCCACAGAACAUGAAGGACCAGUCUUAUGUGACUAAAUGUGCCUUGAUUUCAUAAAUUUGUUCCUCGCUUCCCCUUCAUGCUAACUUGUCUUAUUAUUGGAAUCAGACACUCUCCAGUUUUUGGGACCAACACUUGAUGGAAGAUAAUGGACCAAACACAUGCACAAACACACACACUCCAAGGAUAUAGUUAAAGCCUAUAUCACGUCUAAACACUCCAUACAAUACAAAGUGAUAGCUGUUUUUUUUAUUAUUAUUUUAUUAUUUUCUUUUUUUUUCUUUUUUUUUAGCUCCAUUAACUUCUGAAAGUUUAAAUCAAUUUGAGGACAUGCUGUUUUGAAAGGUAUGUAUCCAUAUUGCACAUAUGCACAUUUAUGCAUUUGAAACUAAUUACAAAAACUUGUAAGAACUGUAUGAUAUGUAAGGUGUAAACCAAAAUACAAUUAACUUGAGGAACUUUUUGUCUUUUGUAAAUUUAAAAGACCAGCAUUGUUUGCCUGAGCUGCUAACGGUUUCCUUCAUUGGGCUGUAUAAAAGUAUAUUUUUCAAAGGGGACUUCUGUACUCUGGUAUUUACAACCAGCUGUCAUGUCCUCACUUUGUUGAUUUGUACUUUUCCUAUGGCUCACUGUAGCAGUUUGAGAGUGUGAAUCUUGUACAACAAUCUAUUGUUUCCCUGAAAUAGGUGGAUAUAUAUUUGUAAUUUUCUCUAUUUUACCUUGAGUAUGUAGUCUAUGACCAAUGCGGCCAUUUGGCUUUUUUUUGUUUGUUUUUUUUCCUGAAGAAGUACAGAAUACUGUGCUAGUACUAGUAUGUACUAGUGGCUAUCUACCUUUGUAAUAAUGAAACAUUAACAAAUGUUGAGUUAAAAAGGAUGCAGAAUGUUGUGUAACCUCUUUGGGAAAAUAAAAGUUUCUUUUCUUUAA